UCGACGUACAACAGUGUUACACCCGUUUUUCAGUUAUCUAGUAAAAUAUUAUUUAUUACAUUAACGUUGCUUUUUAGUUUAAUGCUAUUAUUCCAACAAUACGUUUAAUAAUUAUAUUUCUUUACUUUUAUAAUAAAAUAAAAUAAGAUAGGGUUUUUUUUUAAAUGAAUUCCCCUAAACAUAGUUCGGAAUACAUAUCUGCUAUUAAUGUAGAACAAACCAAAGACGAAGUCUACAAAUUCAAUUUCAGCAUCAACGACAGAGAAAAAAACUCCUGGUGGUAUAUAUUCUGUCUGAAAUGCCGUCAGAAAGAAGUGGGACCUGGAUGGGAGCCGGGGUGCUGGCCGAAAACUUGUCCACACCCGUACUGUCCUUCGUUCCGGCACGUGGCCCGGAUUCUGGCACUACUCGUUACCGUCGCGAUGUUCUGGGGUGUGGUGCUGGCCGUGAUCGGCUCGGAUGCCAAACCAGGCGGGCAGUUGUUCAACAUCGCCAUGCUAGUGGUGUUUGCGUAUCUGGGUGGAUGGGUGUUCCGUAUGCUCACCUUGCCCGCACUCGUAGGAAUGCUUCUGGUAGGAAUCGUCUACAAGAACAUUGGUCUCAUCCACAUAGAAGGUCACUACACGGAGCUCGUCUCCAUCUUGAGAAAAAUUGCGUUAGUGGUAAUAUUCACGAGAGCGGGAUUGGACCUGGAUCCGGUAGCGUUGAAAAAACUAUACUGUAGAGUAUUAUUCCUUGCACUCAUCCCGUGGUGUACCGAAGCAGCUGUAAUUGCGGUGCUUGUUAACUAUUUUUUGAGUUUACCGUGGUCGUUUGCUAUCCUUUGUGGAUCGAUUAUCGCUGCUGUGGCUCCGGCUGUAGUAGUCCCUUGCCUAUUUCGAUUGAGGACGAAGGGUUAUGGUGUGGCCAAAGGGAUCCCAACGUUGAUCAUAGCAGUCGCCGGGAUUGAUGACGCUGCAUCAGUCAUAGCUUUUGGAGUUGGCACUAGCAUGCUUUUUGGAACAAAUCCAGUUACUUAUGAUCUAUUGUUAAGUCCAAUGUCAAUAGCAGUUGGGAUAUUGUACGGUUUAGUUUGGGGUUUUAUUGUAAAAUAUGUUCCAGAAAGAACUGAUCCUUACGUUGUGCCAUUGCGAAUUUUAAUGUUGUCUGGAGGUGGAUUAUUAGCUGUAUUGGGUUUUGAACGUACCAGUUUAGAAGGCGCAGGUCCGUUAGCAGUGAUCAUCUCAUCGUUUACUUCAAUUUAUUUCUGGACUAAACAAGGGUGGAAUAUUGAAGAUAACCCAGUGGCAACGGCUUUUGAAAUAUUUUGGAUGAUUUGUGAACCAAUACUGUUUGGAUUGACUGGAACACAAAUUGUACUUAAAGAACUUGACCUGAAAUUCGUAACGGCAAUUGUUAUGUGUGUCGCAAUUGCUUUCGUGUUACGGACUUUUAUAACAAUCAUAGCAGCCUCUGGGAGUUCUCUGAAUUUUAAAGAAAAGCUGUUUAUCGCAUUAUCGUGGAUGGCCAAAGCAUCUGUUCAAGCGGCUUUGGGUCCGGCCGUAUUGGAGGUUGCUACCAACAACAAAAAUGAGGAACAUAUCGGAUACUCCCGGACGAUUGUGAUGGUGUGCAUCAUCUCCAUCCUGUUGACUGCCCCGACGGGUGCAAUAAUCGUAUCGUUGUCCGGCCCCAAGCUGCUGACCAAGGCCAAGCCCAGCAACGAACAGUGGCACCGUGGGCCUAGACCCUCGAUCCGCGAUAUCACACUGAAUAGUGAAGACGAGGAUAACAUCAGCGUGAGCAACGAUCAAGUGCAAGAGUCUGACGUGGUGAAAGCGGACUGCACGACCGAGGAUCAAAGCGAUAAGAUUUGAUUACCACGGUCACAGGAGUAAUAUUGAAAGGAAUUCAUCAUCGCGUCAUGUUAUGCAACACAAUAUUGUACCAUAAUAUAAUAUACAGGUUGAUUCACUAAAUAUGCACUGCAAUAAUUAAUUAAAAGUUUUGAUUUUUAGAAUUUUUAAAUAUAUCUAAAUAUCUUGUAUUAAAAUUCUUGAUAUUUCUUUGUACUGUUUAAGGAAUGUCCUAUGAAAAUUUAAAUUUCUACUUUUUAAAUCUGAUUUUCAAUUCCAUUUCUAUUAGAGCUUAUUAAGCUGAUAUUUUUUAUGUUAAUUUUGUUUUAUUUUAUUAGAAAUUCGAG